AAAUAGCAGACUGAAAAAAGAUGAAUGAUACAGACUAUUUUUAUAUUUAACAUUCUUUUUGAAUCUCUUCUUUGCUCGUUAUUAAAGUCCGAUAAACCCAAACCGGCAAAUCAAAAGCCCUAACUUUCUCUAAACCAUGGCCACAAGCAGUCGAAGCAAAAGACGAUCCGAUGACUAUUCUGCUUCCGAGUCCGAAUCAGACGAAAUCGACAGCCGAGACUCUUCCCCUGACAGAAGCUCCCGCAAACGUGGCGAGGAUAGAAGCCGUUGCAGUAAAAGCAAAAGUAGCCGCCAUAGCCGAAGCCGUCGUGACCGUGACUACGAAGAUGAUUCUUCCGGUGAAGAUAGCGAUGAAAGCGAUCGAGGCAGUAGUAAGAAGAGGAGAUCUUCUAGAAAAAUCACGGAGGAGGAAAUUGCAGAGUAUAUGGCCAAGAAAGCUCAAAAAAAGGCAAUGCGAGCUGCGAAGAAAUUGAAAGCCCAAACGGUGUCUGGUUAUUCGAAUGAUUCAAAUCCUUUUGGCGAUUCCAAUCUCAACGAAAAAUUUGUGUGGCGAAAGAAAAUUGAGCGUGAUGUUGCCCAAGGAGUGCCGUUGGACAUGUUUUCAGUGAAAGCUGAGAAGAAGAGACAGAAAGAAAGAAUGGCUGAGAUUGAAAAGGUUAAAAAGAGAAGAGAGGAAAGAGCUAUUGAGAAAGCACAACAUGAGGAAGAAAUGGCUAUGAUAGCCAGAGAACGUGCUCGAGCUGAGUUCCAAGAUUGGGAGAAGAAGGAGGAGGAGUUUCAUUUUGAUCAAAGCAAAGUCAGAUCAGAGAUUAGAUUGCGUGAAGGCCGUACAAAGCCUAUUGAUGUUUUGUCCAAGCACCUUAAUCCCCUGGAUUAUAUGGAUAUAGAGCUAAAUGAACCAUAUAUGGUUUUCAAGGGCUUGACUGUUAAAGAGAUGGAAGAGCUUCGUGAUGACAUCAAAAUGCAUCUUGAUUUGGACAGGGCAACUCCAACACACAUAGUGUACUGGGAGGCACUUAUGGUGGUAUGUGAUUGGGAGCUAGCUGAAGCCCGGAAGAAGGAUGCACUUGAUCGAGCUAGGGUGCGUGGGGAGGAACCUCCAGCUGAGCUGCUGGCAGAAGAACGAGGUCUGCAUUCUAGUAUUGAGGCAGAUGUCAAGAAUCUCCUGGAAGGGAAGACCCACCAGGAGCUGGAGGCAUUACAAUCCCAAAUUGAGUCACAGAUGCGAACUGGCACUGCAAAGGUUGUUGAGUAUUGGGAGGCUGUUCUUAAACGUCUUCAUAUUUUCAAAGCCAAGGCCUGUUUGAAGGAAAUACAUGCUAAAAUGCUGCGUAAACAUUUACAACGCCUUGAGCAAACUUCAGAAGGUGAAGAUAGACUGGAAUCUGAUCAUGGUUUAAGACCUGGAGAGGAAGAAAGUGAUCACGAUGUGAAAGAAGCUGAAACAUAUUCUCCAGAACCCAUUCUACAAGAAGAGACUCAUGAGGUGGAAAAAGAUGCUGGAUCAUUUUCACCAGAAUUAUUGCAUGGUGAUGAAAAUGAAGAAGCUAUUGACCCUGAAGAGGACAGGGCUAUAUUGGAAAGGAAACGUAUGGCUGUGUUAGAGGAGCAGCAAAGACGGAUGCAAGAAGCUAUGGCAUCGAAACCUGCCCCUUCAGAAGAUAACUUUGAGCUAAAAGCCAUGAAAGCUAUGGGAGCAAUGGAGGAGGGAGAUGCAGUAUUUGGCUCUGGUGCUGAAGUUAGCUUGGACUCACAGGUGUAUUGGUGGCAUGAUAAAUACCGACCUAGAAAACCAAAAUAUUUCAACCGUGUUCACACUGGAUAUGAGUGGAACAAGUACAAUCAGACUCAUUAUGAUCAUGAUAAUCCACCUCCCAAAAUUGUGCAAGGAUAUAAAUUUAAUAUCUUCUAUCCAGACCUUGUCGACAAGACAAAGGCUCCUGUUUACACUAUUGAGAAGGAUGGAAACAGUUCAGAGACAUGUAUCAUAAGGUUCCAUGCUGGACCACCCUACGAGGACAUUGCUUUCAGGAUUGUAAACAAGGAGUGGGAAUAUUCUCAUAAGAAGGGAUUUAAAUGUACAUUCGAACGUGGAAUUUUGCACGUAUAUUUUAACUUCAAGCGCUAUCGCUACCGUAGGUAAUGUGGCUAAUUUUGCAAUUUCAACUGUGCAAGCUGUAACUGCCUGCCUUGAAAUUCUUACUCAAGAUAACCGUUAAAGUAUGUCAUGUAAUAGAUUUGGUGGUAUUACUAAAAAGAUAUGUGAAUAAGAAGUAUUCUUAUUUUUUAUCCCGUGGUGGGCUGGAUUUUUCCUCUCCUCAUCACUUUCAGUUUGUGACCAAUAUAUUUCCAUUGGUCUCUGGCACUUUACUAUCACACUGAAAUGUUGUUGGAAUUGGAUAUUGAAAUUAGGCUCUUUGAUUGUAGUUGUUUAUCUCUCAACAUGAUACAAUUUCACCUAACAGUGCAGUCCCCAGAGAAAAUAUAUUCCCAGUCUGUAAACAAUUUCCCCCUCCCCCUUGGUUUUGAUCAGGUUAUUUUCCUUAUAUUUUUGCAAGAUAAUUAGGCUAUUGAUACAUAUGUUCAUAUUGGCAGAUUGAUAGUUCCAUGGUAGGAUUUAUUUGUGUCGUUUAGGAAAUUUGGAGACAUGAAUAAGCAUCGCUUAUCAUUGGUUUUGGGCCCAUAUUUGUGGAAUUUGAAUGGGAUACAAAUCCUGUCACCGAAAACAAGUCCCUAGUUACCAGUGAGGAAUUAAAUAUAUCAGACUUACAGAGGUUUGGAAGAACAUGAUAAAGCUAUAAAUUUAGAGAACUCAAAGGAAGAUCCCCAAUUCUCCUUCCACUAAACUACUGUUACUUUAAGAAAGAAAACGUCCAAAGAGAUACUAAUAUUAAAAGCAAUUGCUGGUUAUUAAUUUUUCUCAGUAGUCAGGCUGUCAUGCUUAUGUCUUGUUUUUGUUUCAUGAAAUUGUCAUAUUAAAUAUAAUACUUCGAUUCUCGGUGAUGAAUAAUUAAGAGCCCUUCUGGAUUCCACUGAAGCACCAGU